CUAUAACCUUGGAACAAAAGUUAUUCAUCAAAGAAUAAGCUACAAGCUCAUAGCGGUUGAGCCUUAACCGAUACAAUUUUACCUAGAGUUUUUAACAAAGACUUUUCAAAUGAUAUUCUCGGCUAUUGGCGCAAAUAGUAAAUUGGAGCGAUCGAAAAUCCCAGAAUAAACUGCAUAUAUAUUUAGACAUUACAGCAUUAUCUAAUUCAGCCUUUAAACUGGGGUAGCUGAUCAUUAUUUUUUAAACAGCGACAAUAUGGCCUACAUAACUAUCGUGUUAUUCAUACUCUUAGAUUAAAACUACCAUGUUAUCGAAUAAGAAAAGCGAUUAUUCGCAGAAUACACUGAAAGAUGCACUUCGACAAUACAAAACCGGUAGUGGAUCAUCGCGUACAGUUGCAGGACGAAAAUGGUUGAAUUCAUUUCUCGGUCGAAAUAAAGGUGAAAUAAAAUUGAAGAAAGAAGAAAAAUUAGAUAGCUAUCGUAAGAAUGGAUUCACAGAGAACGUCCGUCGAGCGGAACUCGUAGUGGUGUCAAGUAAUACAAAACACGUUUAUGAGCAAAACGGAGGCACAGGCAAACAAUAUACAACGGUUGUUGUUUGUACAAGUGCAGAUGGUCGUAUUUUAGCACCUAUGAUAAUAUAUUCGGCAAAAAAUCUUAACAAUUUAUGGUGUACUGGCGGACCAUCUGGCACGACAUACAGUGUCAGUGACAGUGGUUGGAUUACAGAAGAACUGUUUAUAAUGUGGUUCACAAACUUCAUUGAUUUAACGAAAACUGAACAAAAGCCUAUAUUGCUUCUUAUGGACUCACAUGCGGCCCACAUUAGUAUACAAGCAAUUGAAUUAGCAAAACAAAAUGGCAUUAUUUUAUUGUUAUUUCCACCUCAUUGUACUCACGGUCUACAACCUUUAGACGUGGUUACGUUCAGCUCAGCAAAACAAAUCUGGAAAAAAAUUGUUACGAAGUACAUAAAUCGUACACAAAGAAAAACUAUUCGAAAGUUGGAUUUACCCGGCAUGAUAAAUCAACUAUUCCAAGAGGCCUUUACUCCACGACAAGUUGUAGCGGGCUUUGCCCGCGCAGGUGUCUGGCCUUUCGAUAAAAAUGCUAUGAAAGAAAAAGUUGCUAAGAAACAAGGCAUAUCGUUAGAUCAACCAGAUCAACCAAUACCACAACAAUUAGAUCGAUUACGUGCUUCUUCUGGUCCUUCCACACAACCGUUUCAAACUGUCUCAGCACUCUCACUGAUACCACCACCUUCCAUUCUCGAUAAUGAUGACGAUAACGACGACGCGUAUCAGCUGAAUGCUUUACAAAAAUCUACAGGUGAAUCGGCAACAACGGCAGUUACUUUCCAAUCGUAUAAACCUCCAUCGUCAUAUACAUUUGAUUUACCAUCACUGGGAAAUACCUCAUCUCGUACAUUGAUAAAUUCGUCAAGUUUACAGUUACAAGAGCCAAGUUCAUCAAACACAUUUAACUAUAAUUCAAGUUCGCCUAAUCAGCAACUGGGUCCAGAUUACGAUUAUUUGGCUGUUUUUGAAAGAGACGACAGCGACGAUGACUACGAUGAAGUUAAUGAAUUUAAUGGAAUUGGAAGAGGUGGUUUGAGAACAUUUGGACGAUAUAAUAGAUCUACGAGAAAACAUCAGGAACAAUAUGUAUCAAAUAAUGAUUUAGGAAACAUUGAUGAUGAUAAUUCUACUCAAACCUAUGCUCAAUUAACAUCUGUUGAUAUGACCGAUUUAACGUACUCGCAACAGUCGUCAACACCGGCACCUACUGGUGCUACUGUUAUUAAUGCUUCGUUACUCAGUCCUGUUUCAGCUGUACGUUCGAUUGUUUCCUCUGUUGUUCAGCAAUUCCCGCAACAAGCUGCUCCUGUUGGUCAAAAAACGUCAAACAGAAUUCGAGUAGAAAGACAGUAUGGAGAAAAUAUAACAUCGGGAAAUUUAUUGACGGAACUGAAAGAAAAACAAAUGGCUAAAACUCAAACACCAGUAGUAACAGCAAAACGUGGUCGUGGUAGACCACGAAAGAAUCAACAAUCAACAUUUAAUGCUGCUCGUAGUCCUUUGGGUAACCUUAGCAACGCUUCAGUGUCUAUGUCAGCAAGCUCUAUCUCAAUUAUACCACCACCACCAACUACAAGAACAAUAAUAAUACCUCCACCAGCACCGCCUCAAACAAUUCAAUAUGUACUGCUAAAUUCUUCAGAUUAG